AUUAUGCAGGUCCUAAGCCAGCGAGCCCUAGAGGGGCUGCGCACGUACGUCUAUAAACCAGGCGGAUAUACGUGGCUCGAUCAUGCACAUACUCCUUUUUGGAACUGGCUCACCGCACAGCUGCCGAUGUGGCUGGCGCCUAACCUUAUCACGCUUAGCGGUCUACUAGUGACUUUCGUGGCGUACUUCACCAUGUGGUACGAGAUUCCAGAGUUUGCGGGUGUCGCGCCAAGGUACGCAUACAUCUUUGCCGGCGCAUCCAUUCUCAUCUACACGAACUUGGAUUGCAUAGACGGAAAGCAGGCGCGGAGAACGAAUUCCAGCUCGCCGCUGGGCCAGCUUUUCGACCAUGGGUGCGACGCCAUAGCACUCCAUGUAAUGCUCACCUUCGUCCAAGCAGCCAUCAAUAUGCCGAGCUCCGUGCUCACGAGUGUAGCAGGCAUCGCGGUGUACCUGCCUUGGAUGGUGAGCCACUGGGAGGAGUACCACACGGGCAUCCUCAUGUAUGGUGACGGCCACUUUGGAAUCCUGGAGGCGAACUACGUCUUAGCAGCUGUGACAUUCGUGUCGGGGAUUUUCGGCCCAGGGAUAUGGGAUUAUCGAUUGACGAACCUGGUGGCUACCUGGCCGUACAAAGACAUGGGGUUGAAGCACGCGCUCAUCAUCUUCGCGGCGAUUGUGGCGCUGGUGCAGUUUUAUGGCCAGAUGCGGCGAGUGUUCUUGAACCACUGGACGUCGCUACCUGCAGCGGAACGGGGCCACAAGGAGCUCGGGAAUGCCGCCCGCCUUAAGCACUUGGCCUAUGCACUGCUGCUGAUGGCCCUAGGGGCGGUUUACCUGGCGGACGACAAGCUCAAGCCGGGGCAAGCCAGGCUGGCUACGCUACUUUACGGGCUCGUGUACGCCGUCGUGGCUACGCAACUGAUCAUGGACCAUAUGUGCAAGGAACCCUUCCGGCCGCCGCUGUUUCCCUUGUCGGUGUUGGCAUGUGCGGCCGCCAACAGCCUGGCGGAGGUGGUCGACUCGCGCAUGGUGGCGGUCGGCGGCGUGGCCAUCAUGGUUGUCUACUACGGCAUCUACGUCUCUACCAUUGUCAACCAAGUGUGUGCAUUCCUAGGGAUAAAGUGCUUCAGCAUAACGCCAAAACGGGCUUAA